AAGUCUUCUCUCUCAAUCUGUCUGAGAUCAUAUUAUCUCAACCUCCUCAUUGUUCCCCACCUAUCUUCGGCCAUCAUGUACUCGUCACACCCAAGGGGAUACGAGAAGUACUCCUCGUCCGACCCCCAGCACCACCACCAUCACCACCAAGAUGCUCCGCUGGCGCCGACAGGUAUCCCGGUCAGCUCCAGCACCGAACCUUAUUUUACUACUUCUAACGAAGACAUGAGCUCCCACAGUGGCCACUCCCACAUGACCCACCCCCCAUCCCGUCCCCGCCCUCGUGCUCUCAUCCCUUGGUCCACCGGCCUCUGCGACUGCUUCUCCGAUUUCAGAAACUGUUGCAUAACACUUUGGUGUCCAUGCAUCACCUUUGGCCAAAUUGCAGAGAUUGUGGAUAAGGGUUCAACAUCUUGUGGUGCCAGUGGAGCGCUGUACACACUGAUUACUUGUGUGACAGCUUGUCCAUGCUGCUAUUCCUGCUUCUACCGCUCCAAAAUGAGACAGCAAUACAGCUUGGAAGAGAGCCCUUGUGGGGACUGCUUGGUUCAUUGCUUCUGUGAGCACUGCGCCUUGUGUCAAGAGUACCGCGAGCUUCGGUUUCGCGGUUUUGACUUGAAACUUGGAUGGCAUGGAAAUAUCGAGGAAAGGAACCGUGAAGGAGUUGCAAUGAAUCCGGUGCCUCCGGUGGUGGAGGAAGGCAUGAGUCGAGAUAAAUGAAACUCAGAAACCCCACUUAUAUUAUAUUAUGUAUUGUACUAAGUGUUUAUUCAAAGUUUGUUGCCACGAUGAAAUAUUGUACUUAGUGUUUAUACAUUCAAACAAUACAUGAAAUGUUGAACUAUUGAUGUAAUGAGCAUUGUAUAAUAGAAAAUAAUUAAUAAAUUUAAAUUUCAAGAGGAAAAAUAGAAAAAA